AUGUGGAAGUACUUCUACAGUGCCAGCACAUAUAAAUGGUUAGACGUUCUCCAAGACUUAACCGGCAACUACAACAGUUCAGUGAACAGGUCAAUUAAAGUAAGACCGGAUAGUGUCAAUGAGUCAAACUGGACUGAAGUAUGGAAGACACUUUUCAGUCACGACCUAGGUGAACCACCGAAGCCAAAGUUUGCUGUCGGAGAAAGUGUGAGGAUUUCAAAGUACAAAUCAGUUUUCGCAAAGGGGUACGAAGCAAACUUCACGGAGGAGUUAUUCACUGUGACGGAAGUGUACCACGGGCAGCCGAACACAUAUACAAUUGAAGAAAGUGCUGGUGAACCAAUAAUUGGUAGGUUCUACGAACAAGAGCUUUCAAGUGCUGAAGGAAGACAACCUGAUUUAUAG